GAAAUCCCAACAUUAAAUUUAGCAUUUUCAUUACAGUUUUGUUGAAAAUUAUUAAAAUGGACAUUUUGUGCAGAAAUUGUCCCUUUUAAAAUCGUGAGAUAUACCUUCUUUGGGGUUGUGAAACUAAUUCCAUUGGCAAUAUAUCGACUAUUGGUGUUUCUUAAUUAUAGUGUGCUUAACCAAUGAGAACAGAAAUGGCAAAUGACUUGGAUAUCGAUGCUAUUGGAUUCCGCGAACGAAUUGAACAUUUUGAUGCUGCCCUUGUAUUUAAUGACCAUGAGGAUUCUGAAUUGGCAGAGAAAUAUAUGAAUAUGAUGAAUGCUAUCGAGCUGGACAAUGGUCAGAAAAUUAAAGUGUGCUUAUAUACUGCUCCUAAUUUUAAAGCUGAAGCUGCUGAAACAGCAACUGAUGUAGUUCAAUAUUGUACCCACAUAUUUUGUGUUCUUACAAAAAAUUUCCCUAGUUGCCUGGCAAAUCAACUCAUCAAAGAAGAGGCUAUCGGUUUAACACGACUUGCAGUGAAUGGAGAAGAGGGUUGCCCUGGUCUUUCAGGUCGAAGAUACUGUGUUCGACCUCUCCACACUUUAUCACCAGAUAUGAGAGAUUACAAAAUACCCCCUGGUCUUUCAACUAUUCGAGGUAUUGAUAUGUCCAACGAAAAUAGAUCAAAGAAAGAGCUAAAGCAAUUAUUUGAAUACAAUCUUCACUUGCGUCUGCAGCGGGAGCACCUUGCAAGAUAUACACCUGUAGUAAACAUCUAUGAUCAGAAACCAGUGACAUAUUUUCAACACCCAAACACAUCUAAAGCAUCCGGAGAAUUGCUAUCCACAGUAGAUGUUUCGACAGAAUCGUUAAAUCGCAUAUCUGGUGUGGCAAAUAAGGACACUCUUCCUAAUGGACAAAGCUACCACCAUGAUGUGGUAAAUAAUGAUUCGACUCAAACUAGCGAUAGCACAGUAUAUGAUAUUGAUUUAUCAUCUGAGAAUCGUUCAGUGGCUGCUUCGAUUAACAAUGAUGCAACACAGAAUGGUGCCCAAACUCCAUUAUCUAUAGAUGCAGGAUCACCCGAUUCACUUAACAGAACUGCUCCUGGGGGAGGAGAUGAAACCCAGGUCAAAAAGCUUUCUGUUCCAGUGAAAACUAGCUCAAGCGACCAUUUACAACAUACCAUAGAUAUCCUUAAGGAUACUGGAAUGGGUGAACAUUUUAUGGAGUACACUAGUGGUCUGCCUAGUGUUAGACUGGAAGGUUUCAACCACAUUUCAAGACCAGUAAACAAUGAAACUAAUGGGACUGGGAGAGAUGCAAAAAAAUAUAUCAAUAAGUCUCCUAAUGGUGCAAUUCACUUUAUAAACUGCUCAAAUAUUCAAAUAGGAGAAAGAGGAAACUGGAACAUCGAUAAACCAAAUACCGUUUACAGUGGUACCGGGCAGAAUCAGCCAACACCAACCAAUGAAAUUGUAACCAGCGAUUCGGAAGAUAGUGAUGACGACUCUGAGUAUGAAAUGGGAUCUGUAUUGGGCUAUGGUACUUCACCUGGUACCAAGAACCAGUCGUCCAGUAAACCUAUGGAAGAUCUGGCUGGAACCCAGAAUGACCUGAACAUAACAUCAGAUAAACUGUGGAAUAGAGAUUCAUGUGAAAAUACAGAGGUUAAACAGCUGGUUGAAACUGGUCCGGGCCCUGAACUACCAUCUAAAUCUUUUAGUAACGAUAACCAAGCCGUCUCGAGCAACCAGGAAGGUCUUGGUGAUAAUUUCCUAAAUGUGAUGAACAUACUUGACCAAUCAGAUGUAGACAAUUUGUCACUGUCCUCAUUCAAUCAAAAUCUGGACAACCUGCUCAUUCCUCAACCUACACAAGAUGCAACACCUGAAGUAUGCGAUGAACAUAUCCGUGCAUGUUUAGGAAGUACAGGUGUAAUAGAAAAUCUGGUUCUUGAUGAUAAUGUUAAUUCCAACUCCUUACACAGUAUUUGGCAGCAACUCCGUUCUCAGCCAAGAUCCGUAUCUUUUCAUAAUAUUGCUCAACUAAUUGGUCUGCAACCUACUGAUACAGAAACAAAUCGAGAUGUAGAAGAGACCGAUUAAGAAUAAUUGUAGCCCAAAAUGGAAAUUUCUUGGAUUUUGAUUGGUCGAAAAGUGGCGUCGAAUGAGUAUAACAGUCCUCAAAUUUCCUGGGCGACUCACUGCGAUUGAAUAUUUUCUGGGUGCUAGACUCUGUUUGCAGUGGCCCAAAAUUCUACACCUCAAAACUUUAUUCUAGGAAAUCUUCAUGUAUUUUUUCUUGUAUGUCGUCAAGAAUGAAAUUCAACCAUUGGCUAUUGAAACACACACCUGAAACACAAAAAACAAAGAUAGUGAGUGUAUUUGAAACAUAAUGGGUAAAUUUUAUUUCAAGGCUGGUCUGACCAUAAUGGUUGCUAUGGUCAUUCUAUCAUAAUCAGACUGGUCAAAAUCGAAGAUUUUCAACAAGUCAAUAAAAAUACUACAAUUUAUUGAACUCUGUAUGGAUCGUAAAUAACUGAUUGGGAUAUGUUUUAAAAAAUAUACAAGUCGGGCUAACACUGAUAUGAAUAGGACAGAGACUAAUUUUCAUACACAGGCCAGGGUUUUUUGCGAAGAAAAAAAAUCACAGCGUCGAAAUGACAAUGUAAACAAGCAUAGUAACCACGCGCGUACGCUACACAGCAUAUAUCUACACGGUCACACAAGUGUAUGGACAUUUAUCAAACAUGAUGUGCAAUUUAUUUCAAACCUAGUCACUGCGCUGGAGUUCAAAAUCAUUUAAAAAGUACAUGAAAUACACUUAAAAUUUCUGUUUCGAUCUUUAAAAUUAUUGCAGAGUGACCUCCCUUUCCAAACAGACACAAUUAACCAGUCGCUUAGUGAACCAAAUAGAAUGGAAAUGAGUGUUAUUUAUUACGUCACGGAUAUUUUCACUACGUCAAAAUUGUUUUCCUUGGUAUUUACGUCAUUAAAACCAAAAACGACCGUCAACUAUCGCGAAAAAAAGAAUUCCAAGAAAAAUGUUAAAUUUUUUGGGCUACAAUAUCGAUAAACACCUCCUGUUAAGAAUUUAGAGGACUGCUAUUGUACAUUUGAUACCGCUUUGAUACACAACUUUAAACACUUAUAAUUUUGCACCGAAUAAAGUAAUUGUAAUUUGACUGAAAUUUUCCAUAAAUUAACAUUUCGUUAUCUAUUUUUGAACUAUUAUAGUAAGAAUGGUCAGAUCUAAUUCUUACAUAAUGCAUCUAUAAGAGGAAAUGACAAUAUAAAAGAAAAAUUAGGAAAUAUUUAUUCCUUGAGUUUUUAUACGAAAGCUGUCUAUGAAGGAAUGUCUUUUAACUGUGUUCAUUAGGUAAUGAAAAAAAAAACUGCACACAAUGUUACCUAAAUGAUAUUGAAGAUGAUUUUAAUUUAAUUUAAAUUUUGUCUUUGUGAUAAUGAAUUUCAAAUUAAUUCAUUUAUUAAGUACAACAUCAACAAAUGAACUACAGAACUUGUCCAUAUUUCUCAUUUCUGCCGAUAGGAAAAGAACCCUUUAUUAAAUAAUAAUUAAAUUUGUCCUAAUCCUGAUAUUAUUAGAAUGUUUAUAUAUAUAUAUAUGCUCAUGUUUUCUAACAGUCAUUUUAAUAUUGGGGGGUUGGAUGGUCGAAUGGUUAGCACGUGCGCGCUGUAUCAUAAGACCUGUCAUUGAGUCAACUGGCGUGGUUUUGAAUCCCCGGUUGUAUGUGACAAGGAGUAGGGUCGCCUGUCCAACCUCGUGGGUUUUCUCUGGGUCCUCCGGUUUCCUCCCACUGCUAAAGACCCCUACGCGCAAGCAAAUUAUUGAAAUAAAAAAUUAAACCAUAUGUUAGUCCCGAAAUGACCUAGUUUGUGUAGAGUGGACAUUAAACCCCAUCUCUCUCUCUCUCUCUCUCUCUCUCUUUCAUUUUAAUAUCUCUGUGUCCUAUUUAGGCUGUUAAUUCAACUCAAUUUAUUUACACCCCACACCCAUUUCAUGUAUAAUACUGCUUGUAACUUUAAUGGGUAUAUAUGUUAUCUAAUGAGUCAUGUAGACUUAAUGAAUUGAAUGAAUGAAAGAUGUUCAUCAUUAGCUCUAUGUCUUUUACUGAGGGGGGUCACGGUGGCUAAGUGGGUAAGACGCUGGCUUGAUAGCCUGGAGGUCGGGUGUUCGAUCCCUGCAUUGACAGAGAAAGUUCAUCCAGAUUUUCCGGCGUGGUUCCCCCUUGUCAGUGAUGCAGGACGGAGGGCCUGGCAAGGACAGCUGUCUAGUCGUUCGGAUGGGACAAAAAAUCGAGGUCCUGUGAACACAUUGGCAUGCAUGUAAAAGAUGUAUUUUUCACUCUAAAUAAGCCACAGGAUUUGUAAGAAUUAUUUUGCCAAAUGAAUAUAAAUAUUCUAGCAUAUUAUCAAUAAAGAUCUGUUGAUAAUAGUUUUAGAGUAGAAGCAGAAUUGGUUGGGUUUUUUUAUAAUUUAAUGUAGUGUAGGCCAGUGGUUCCUAGCAUGUUGGGACCCUUUGGGACACUUUACAAACCUCUGAGUACCCCCACAUCUGCAAUAUUACUCUGUUCAGUGAAUACUUUACAUAUAUUAUUAUAUCUUUCAUAAACCCUAAUUCAGAACAGCAGAGUUAUUUUAUUUCAAAAACUCUGACGGACAGGCGGAUACAGGGACAAAAGGACGAAACUAUUUUAAAUGGUUUAAUUGAUAUUUAGUAAUUUAAACUGAUAGCAAAAUGAGUGACGUUUUUUUCAUGAAGACUUGAGAAGUCAAAACGUCACUGAGUAAUAAAGAGCAGUGGUGUCCUGUGUUAAAUUCCCUGCUUCCUGAGAAAUCAUGUAUAGAGAUCUAAGAUAUAGAUGCGAUUAGUCGAUCAAUAUGGUUACAAGUUGCACCUUUAGUUAUUUUAAUAAGGCGCAAUGUAGCCCCGUCUCUGUUGAGUAUCAUAAAUUUUCAUUCAUUCAUUUUAUUAUUAUUUUAUUGAUAAUUUGUUGGAGUUUUUUAUAUGAUGUAAUAAGGUAUAUGUUUUAUAAAUUAUGUCUUAUUUUGGUUUAAGGGAUGAACGUAUGUAAUUAUUGGUCCAAUUAACGAUAAUUAAUCUAUAGUUUGAUACACAUGGCUGUGACAAAAGAUAUGUAUACCAAACUGUUAUAUGAUUAAUGGGAGCAAAUUGAUUAUCUAUUUUUAGAUCAGCUUGGGUUUUUUGUAUUCUAUAUUUAGCACUGACCUUAAUAACCCGGAAACGGAAAUAUUCAAACUUAUGGAAACACACACUGAUCAAGAAUAUUUUACUUUUGAAAGUUACGGGUACAAAGAAAGGGAUGGGAACAAUUCAGUUAUUUUAAUAAGGCGCAAUAUAGCCCUGUCUCUGUUGACGUGUCAUAAAAUUUCAUUCAUUCAUUUUAUUAUUAUUUUAUUGAUAAUUUGUUGGUUGUUUUUUUUUUCUUAAAUGAUGUGAUAAACUAUAUGUUUUAUAAA